AUGGCUAGCCCUACAGUUCUCUCGUUCGAUACUGAGGGACGCCUGAUUAAGUUUGAUACCUGGCUCGAUGAUCUGCACCUGUUCCUCCAGCUCACUGCCAGAGAGUAUAUCUCGCUGUACGAUCACGCACUAGGCACAGUCCCUGCUCCUGCUACUACUGCUAUCGUUACUGCUCGCUCGCAGUGGCAGACUCGCGAUGCCCACGCCCGCUUUGCCAUUCGCAACUCCCUGCCAGUCGAUCAGCGUGAGCACUUCGGCCAGUAUCAGACUGCGCAGGCCCUGUACACUGCUGUAGUUGCGCGCUACUCCUCCCCGGCCUCAGCUGCACUAGGCCGUCUCUCCCUUCCCUACCUGUUCCCCGACCUGUCCGCUUUCCAGACAGUCGCUGACCUCAUCACUCACCUCCGUACUAGUGAUGCCCGCUUCCGUGCAGCCAUGCCCGCUGAGUUUCUUGCCUCCAACCCUCCCCCGCUCUGGCUCACUCUCUACCACCUAGUCACCCGCCUCCCUGACACUCUGCGUACAGGGUGUUCCCCCUCCCCCCUCCUCCCCUCUGUCGCCUCUGCUGCUGCUGUCGACCUUCUUGGUGCUGAGCAGGUCGGCUCUGCGUCCGCUCCCAGCGGGCGCCGCAGCGGCAAGGGCAGGGGAGGCAAGGGCGGUGGGGGUGACGGCGGGGGAGGCGGUGGUGGGGGUGGUGGCAGCGGCGGGGGUGGUGGCGGGGCUGGAGGGGCUAGUGGCAGCGGUGGGGGUAGUGGAGGCAGCGGCGACGGCGGUGGCCGGGGUGGGGGCGGUGGUGGUGGCGGCAGUGGACGUGGCGGCGGCAGGGGCGGUGGUGGUCGUGGUGGAGGCGGCGGUGGUGGUCGUGGAGGCUCUAGCACUGGCCAGAGUGCGCAGCACCCUCAGUCCUCCCAGGAGCUUCGUGAGUGGUACUUACAGCACGGGGGUGGGGGGGGUAGCCUUAGCUGCACGUACGUCAUCCGCACUGGUCGCCGCAAGGGACAGACGUGCGGGAGGGCGCACACUGCGCAGCGCUGCUUCUCUCGCCUAGAUGAUGCUUGGCGUGCUCAGUUUCCUGACGCUCCUGAGCUCCCUCAGUGGGCUGAUCUCCUCAAGAAGGAUAUCGAUAUCUAUGCUCUUGAUUUUGAUGUUAUUCUCAAAGCAAUGUAUGCAUUGACUAUUAGUGGAGAGGAGGACCAGUACCUGAGUGUUCCGCCUGACCCAGGCAUCCGCACGAGUGAGGCUGCCGCCCUAGGUACUACUGAGUCCACUGAGGCACUGCACACCUUCACUCUAGACUCAGGCGCUUCGCGCUGUUUCUUUCGUGACCGCACUGCUCUUGAGCCCCUUGCUCGACCAGUCGCUGUCUCGCUCGCUGACCCCUCUGGGGGUCCGGUUAUUGCGACCUCCUCCACCCUCCUUCCUUGUCCUGCUGUCCCGUCGGGCACACUGUCAGGUCUUCAUCUCCCCUCGUUCUCUACGAACUUGGUGGCGGGUUGUGCGCUUCAGGAUGGGGGUGUUCACCAGUUCACCCCUGCCUACGAGCGCGUGACACACUGCACGUGUGCUCGGACGGGCCGUCACCUGGCUACCUUCACUCGGCAGCCGGGGUCGGACCUGUACACACUGACCACUGAGUCCCCUCAGGUAGCGGCGUUUGCGUCUGCGUCUGCGUCAGAACAGCUGUCUGCCCCCUGCUCGUGUCGCUCUCUAGCGCACAAGACUUUCCUCUGGCACCACCGACUUGGUCACCCGUCAGUGCAGCGCCUUCGGGGCAUGCACGCCCGGUACCUUGGUCUCUGGUCCUUCCUCGGUACUCCCUCCCCUCCCUCCCUCCUUGCUCCUCCUUGUCUUCCCUGUGUCGAGGGGCGGCAGCGCGCUGCCCCUCACUCCUCCUCGUUCCCCCCGACGACUGCUCCUUUGCAGACGCUCCACAUGGACGUGUGGGGCCCAGCCCGCGUCCGUGGUCAGGGCCAGGAGAGGUACUUCUUGAUCGUCGUUGACGACUACUCGCGCUACACCACGGUCUUCCCCUUGCGCACCAAGGGUGAAGUCCCUGAUGUCCUGAUCCCUUGGAUCAGCAGAGCACGUCUUCAGCUGCGAGAGCGUUUUCGCUCGGAGUUUCCUGUCUUGCGCUUGCACUCUGACAGAGGUGGCGAGUUCUCCUCCGACCUCUUGGCAGCCUACUGUGCUGAGCACGGCAUUCGCCAGUCGUUCACGCUUCCGGCCUCUCCACAGCAGAAUGGGUUUUACCACCCCGCCUCGCACCGCGUCUUCCCCUCUCAGGACGUCACUUUUGACGAGUCCGUGCCCUUCUACCGCCUCUUCCCCUACCGCACUGCCCCGCUCCCUCCCCCGCCUCUCUUCCUCGCGCCAGACCCGGUUGAGCCUGCCGAGGUAGCUGUCGACUCGCGUCCUGCUAGAGGUGCUGAGCCUGAGCGUGCGGAGCCUGAGCGUGCGGAGCCUGAGCGGGCGGAGCCUGGGGGUGCUGAGCCUGGGGGUGUGAGACUGGGGGUGCUGAGCCUGGGGGUGCUGAGUCUGGAGGUACUGAGACUGGGGGUGCUGAGCCUGGGGGUGCUGGGUCUGAGGGUACUGAGCCUGGCGUUGCUGAGUCUGGGGGUACUGAGCCUGGUUGUGUUGCAGUUGACUGUGAGGCGCCUGGAGGACCUCCCUCUUCGCAGCAGCUCCGUGAGUGGUACUCACGGUACUGUAGCCUCCGGCGGGGUGCGUAUUGGGCUCGUGGUGCUACUGGAGUUGGUACUCGUGUUUCCCCACCACCGGCGGGAGCCGCUCUCUUCCCCACAGCUUCGAGAGUGCUGA